UAAAAUAAAAAUAUAGACGAGAUUUAAUUAUAAGUGUAACGUUCUUUAAAACUACAUUAGUUAACUAAGCUAUUCAAUGUUUUUAUGAGAAUCUUCUUAAUUUUCAAGUGAGGAAUUGUCUUUUUCGACUAUUUUUCUUUUUCUUUUUCAAUGGAGGUUUAUAAAAAGUAGCGAUACAUAUGAGAUUAAUUUAUAAUGAUAUAUCUCUAAAACUUUACCAACUAAACUAGCCGAUAAUUUUCCACCAAUAUAGUGGAAUUCUUAUGAAUGUAUAAUUGUCAGUGCAUGCUCCUCCAGCAUCCUGCAUUUUGUCAUUAUACAGCUUUUCAUAAAACAAAACAAAUUUAUUUCAUUCUUUGGAUGUUCUGUUGAGUGCACUUCUUUACAACCCCAAAAAAGAAUCAAAUAAAAUCCUUUUUAUACUUAAUGGAAGAACAACAAUUCUAAGAUUAUAUUGUUCCAUUUAAUACUUUCAUAGUUUUAUUUCAUCAACUUUCUCCCAUUUAUAUGUAACUCAUCAACAUAUAAUUCUAUUUUAUUUAUGCAAGUAUACAAAAAAGCUUAAGAAACAUCAAAUAUGGUGACUAAUUGCAUCAUAUUUCUAUUAACCACUCUAAUAUAUCUCCUAAUUCUAUCUCCAAAUCAAUGUUCUGCUCAAUUAAAACGUGAUUACUACCGCGAUUCUUGUCCAAAUGUUGAGUCAAUUGUACGGAAUUCAGUGAAGAAGAAGCUCCAAGAGACUUUUGUCACUGGUCCUGCCACUCUUAGACUCUUCUUCCAUGACUGUUUCAUCCAGGGAUGUGAUGCUUCUGUAAUACUUGCAUCACGUACCGGAGAUGCUGAGAAAGACGCUGAGGAUGAUCUUUCACUCGCCGGAGAUGGUUUUGACACCGUGAUUAGAGCGAAAGAGGCCGUAGAAAGUGUACCGGAGUGUAAGAACAAGGUUUCUUGUGCUGAUAUAUUGGCCUUGGCAACUAGAGAUGUCAUAUUGUUGAGUGGAGGGCCAAAAUAUGGUGUGGAAUUGGGAAGAAAAGAUGGAAGGAUAUCAACAAAAGCUAGUGUUGGAGGUCAUCUUCCUCAAGCUCACUUCAACUAUAAGCAACUAAGAAACAUGUUUGCUUCUCAUGGCCUCUCUGAAGUUGACUUGAUUGCUUUAUCAGGAGCACAUACAUUGGGGUUUACGCAUUGCAGCCAAUUCUCCAAGAGAAUAUAUAACUACAACAGCCAAAGUAGCAUUGAUCCAACACUUAAUCAAGGAUAUGCAAAGCAACUUCAAAAGGCUUGUCCAAGAGAUGUUGAUCCUAGAGUUGCUGUUCCCUUAGACCCUGCCUCUCCUCUAAAAUUCGACAACUCGUUCUACAAGAGCCUUCAACAAGGGAAAGGUCUUCUUGCCUCAGAUCAAGCCUUGUAUUCUACAAGAAAAUCGAAAAGGGUUGUUAAUGCAUUUGCUUCAAAUAGCACUUUGUUUGAAAGAAUUUUCGUUUCAUCCAUGACUAGGCUUGGUCGACUUGGGGUCAAGACAGGAAAUCAAGGUGAAAUUAGGAAGGAUUGUAGGGUGAUCAAUAGUUAGUAUUAGUGAAUUCUUUGAAACAAUAAUUGAAAUUGUCUUAAUAGACUGCAUUUUCAUCUUAUUUUUUCCCUUGGCUUAGGUCCAGUUGUUACUAAUGUGAAUGGUACCUAAGAUCUGAAAUCAAAUUCCGUUUAUAAAAUACACCUUCAA